CAGAAUUCAUAACUUGGAGAAAAAUGCAUAAUUUAUAUCUCGCUGUGUAGGUGUUGUUGGUGUUAUUAUCGUAGCAGAGAGGUGUAUCUUGUUUUGUGAUUAGUGUUUAAGCAAAAUGAAUUAUUAUUUUGUAAAUUGCGGUGGUGUAUAUAAUAGUGUAAAACGAAGUGUUGAAAUCUUUUUCGUUGAUUACGAACUAAAGUGCUUUAAUUGAUUGUAGUGCAAAAUAGGUGACUGGUCCGCCGCGGAAAGGCAGCGCUACUCCCUUUUGUGCUGCCAAAUUACCAAAAUAGGCUGGCCUAAUGUUAUGGGGUGCUUUGGAAGUGCAAGCUCGAAGGCGGACCAUGAAGAGACCAAAAGGGGAAAGGAAACGAACAAAAAGAUAAAUCAGCAAUUGCAAAAAGAUAAACAAGUUUACAGAGCAACACACAGAUUACUGCUACUAGGCGCUGGAGAAUCAGGAAAAAGUACUAUUGUGAAACAAAUGAGAAUUUUACACGUAAAUGGAUUCAGUGAAGAGGAAAAACGACAAAAAAUAGAAGAUAUAAAGAAAAACAUAAGAGAUGCCAUACUGACGAUAUCAGGAGCCAUGAGUACGCUGACACCUCCAGUUGCUUUACAAAAUCCUGAAAAUCAAUUUCGGGUCGAUUACAUACAAGAUGUUGCCUCUCAGCAUGAUUUUGAUUAUCCGCCGGAAUUCUACGAACACACUGAAAUUUUAUGGAAAGAUAAAGGAGUACAAGCGUGUUUCGAAAGAUCAAACGAAUAUCAAUUAAUCGAUUGCGCAAAGUAUUUUCUUGAUCGAGUUCAUAUCAUUAAACAGCCAGAUUAUACGCCUUCUGAACAAGACAUUCUAAGAUGUCGUGUAUUAACUUCCGGAAUAUUUGAAACCCGAUUCCAAGUUGAAAAAGUCAAUUUCCACAUGUUCGAUGUCGGAGGACAGCGAGACGAAAGGCGAAAGUGGAUUCAAUGUUUUAACGACGUUACAGCCAUAAUUUUUGUUACUGCCUGUAGUAGUUAUAAUAUGGUACUUCGAGAAGAUCCUACCCAGAACAGACUUAGAGAAUCGUUAGACUUGUUUAAAAGUAUAUGGAACAAUAGAUGGUUAAGAACGAUAUCAGUUAUCUUAUUUUUAAACAAGCAGGAUUUAUUGGCUGAAAAAAUCAGAGCCGGUAAGUCGCGAUUAGAAGAUUAUUUCGCCGAGUUUUCGCGUUAUCAAACACCAAUCGAUGCUACGCCUGAUCCUUCCGAAGACGCGCAGGUCACAAGAGCCAAAUAUUUUAUACGCGACGAAUUUCUUCGCAUCAGUACAGCCAGCGGCGACGGUAAGCAUUAUUGUUACCCGCAUUUCACCUGUGCCGUCGAUACGGAAAAUAUCAGACGCGUAUUCAACGAUUGUCGCGAUAUCAUACAACGAAUGCAUCUGCGACAGUACGAAUUGUUGUGAUCUACGAAUGAUUAUUAUAAAUUUAAAAAACAAAUUGUAUUGCGAUGUUUGCGCUAACUGCCAUCUGUUUGUUCCCGAAAAAAAAAAUUAUGUAAUUACUAUACAUUACAUUAAUUUCCGAGUGCUAACACGACGCACUUGCUCGCUACCUAAUCGUUUCUUGUUAUAUUCUUGGAUAUUAUUUUCCUUGCUGAUAUUGGUAUAUUUCCUUUUUUCUCGCCUUGCAGUGUUGCCAAGUAUAAUAUUCGUCGGCGGUAUCGUGUAGAAAAUUUAUCGACGAGAAUAUCGUAUAGUUAUACGUAAUUUUAAGAAAUUGUAUAAAGCAGUUUUUCAUCGUAAACAGUGUAACUGCUCCUUGAUUAUUAUUUUUUUUUUCGUUCUUUUUUUCUAUACAAACCAUCAUCGGUUGCGUAUCACUACGAAUAGUCUCGAUAUUUUCAAGAUACAUCUUUCGAUGUAGUUCUUUUUUUUUUAAACGAAAAUGAAGGAAAAAAAUUGUAAAUAUAAAGUUACCAUUGCGAAAGCGUCCCGAGAUGAUGUUUCAAAGAGGACGCAUGUGAAGAGUUAAUUUGCGCUUCCAUACGUGUUUGACGAGAUCGUUUAAUUUGUAAUCGAAAGUGCAAUAUGUUUACUAGUUACGCGUCCCUUCUGUUUAAUAUGUUUUUCGUUAAUUUUCAUUUCUUUUUUUUUUUUCUUUUUUUUUAUACUUAUAUUCUUUGGUACUUGGCAACGUUGUCAUCGGUCCCGGAAAUUUUUUGGAAGGGGAAGUCUUAGAUUUAUUGCUUACAGUUACCACAUUUUGCAUUUGAAAAUUAGUACCGUUUUGUUUUAUCACGAAAAAAGUUGUUAUGUUGUAAAUUUUUACGAUUAUCGUGUACGUUCCCGUUCGUAUUGAUAUGGGUUUUCCACAUACGCACUGACGUUUUUAGUGGUAGACCAUUUUUUUUUCUUUUUAUUCGUAAUCAUAUUUUUUUGUUUUGUUUUACUUUUGUUUUUUUUUGUUUUUGUUUUCUUUUUUCUUUUUUGUUUAUAUUUGUUGUAUUGUGUAAGAACAUUCUUGUCGCGAAGUGCAAUAUUACGAGUGAGAUUUCAAAAGUACAUAGAUAUGCCCUGAAGAUGGAAAAAUAUGAAAAAAUUAAACGCGUGCUUGGAGAUGAAAGCUCGAAAAAUACAAUACAUUGUGUUAGUUAUGUCGCGACGUUGAAUUUAAUUCAUGUCUGGAAAGUGGAAAGUAACAAAGUACGUUCACUAUCGUUGUUUAAUCAUUAAUAAGUGCAGGGGUUCGAAAAUUUGGUCGAUUAUUUUAAUUAAUAGGUACGAUGAUUAGAUUUUGUUGAUCUGAGUGUUAGUAGAUUGAGUGGAAAGAGUUAAGUUAUUCAUUUUAACAUCUGUUAUUUUUUCUAUGUAUCAUUCGAAUAAUAUUUUGACCAACAAAUGAAAAUGAAAUUUACUAUCAAUUUCACAAAUAAUUUCGUUGAUCUGUGUUUUAUUUCCUUUUUAGAUUUCAUGUGUAAGCUUGAGUGAGUGACCGCCCAGCCCCCUACGGGAUGACUUGUAAAUGACGUUCAGACAAGGGAAUGGGAAGGUUAAUGGCCUUCUCUUUUAUAUGAAUUUUUCUUUUUUGGAUAGGGUCUGCGAAGUUUCUUAAAGUGACUUUUGUUGAACUCAUUUCCUCUAAAAAUUGAAUUUCUUCCGUAUUUUUUUUUUUAAUUGGGAAAAUUUUCAUUUUGAUUGAUUUUUUGAGAACAUUCUAACAAUUUUUUGAAACAGGCACUUUUGGGAAAUUUUCCGAUUUUGAGCAGGUUUUUGUGAGCAUUUUCACAUUUUGAAAGGAUUUUUUAUUCGCAAUUUUGAAUGAUGUUUUAAAAUUGAGAAAAGAUUUGUCUAUUAUAGUUGAAAAAACAGAAACUUGAGAUAAAAGUAUGGGAAAACGGAUUUUGAAGGUGGAAUGUUUUGUUUCAUAAUUAUUCUGCUAUGUCAGGGACCUGCAGAUAUGCUUCAGUCUAUUUUUGGAAUUUUUGGUCUCCGAAAUUACCUCUGAGAGACGAGGAGGAGAAGAAGAAGAAGAUUGCAGAUUUGUGGAACGAGAGGGAAGGAGGCCCAAGUAUGAAGUUGCGUUAUGAUAAUUUUGAACUUUUUUAUGACAAUGUCUUUCAGAUUUUUCUCAAAAGGUCCAAAAAAGUUCUGAAUUUUGGUUCCAAUGAGUAAGGAUAGGUAUAAAUGGUCUUUAGCCAAAACCAUUGAAAUACACUGCCAACGAAUUUCAUUAUUGAAUUCUAGAUUAUGUUUUUAGAAGUUAAUUUGAAGUGAAAAUCUGGUCGAGGUGCCCUCGUAGUGAGGGCAUGGAGGAAAAGUGAGUUGGUCGUUUGAAAUUAAUACAUCCUCUAAGAUAAUUCCCAAUACGCUCUUUCGAUUCUCUUCCCCAGUUGUGUGCAGUACACCAAGUGCUUAUAUGUGCGUUUAGUAAAUAGAAUUGGAAGAACACGAAAGUUUGAUCUCGAAAGAGUUUGAGAAAAAUCUUUUCCCUCUCUCCCUCUCUCAUCUUCACGUGAAAUUGAAUGGUAGAAGUUUGUGGGAUAAUAGAUAUCUUCAAAAGAAUUGGAAUCAGCUUUCAAUUUUGAAGGAAACCCCUGAGACCACUCCCCCUGCCUCUAACUUUUACAAGAACAUUUCGAUCGUUUCCUGUUCAUCUCCUACCAUAAAUUGUUUAACAAACCCUUUACAUUAUUGCAUGAUAUCGUAAACAGAUAGCAUUUUGAUGAACAUUUGUCCCAAAUUUAUCCUCUUGAAAGAAUCAAAAUCAGCCUAAGAACAAUUUUUUGUUGUAUUUGUUUUUAUUUUGUUUUUUAACUUUAAAAAAAUAAUUUAUCUAUUCGAAAAAUGAAUAAAAUUCCACGCUGUUUAGUACAACGAUUACCAAUUCCACCGUGUAUUCAUUCGUUUUUGACAAUUUUCAAAUCGAACGCUUCAAAAGGAUGAAAACAUUGUGAUCGUAGUUCGAAAUAUUUUCUAGUCGUUGAUUUUUUUUAAAAACAAAAAAAAAAACAGAUUGAAAUAUCGAUAUAAGCGACAAGGAAUAUUCGUUUUUUUUCUUUCUAAAUUUUUUAUUUUUAAUGCUCUUCACUUUUCAAUUUUUUUUUUUUUUUUUUUUUUUGAAUCAGAGAUUCAAGGAAAACUCAUAUCAAUAACAAUGUAAGUUGUAUUUUUGUGCGUUUUACUUUACGAAUAUAAAUAUAUAAAUAAAUUUAUUCAUAUAAAUAUUUUUUUAUUUUAAUUUUGUUAUUUAUUUAUGCAUUUUUGUUUUUUCUUUAUAUGAAGUAUAUAAAUUUAUAUACGUAUUUACACAUGUUUAUAUAAUGGAAUUAGAGACUGAUUAGGUAACAAAUUUUUUUAUUAUUUAUAAAAUGUGUUUACAAAAAAAAAGAAAAAAACAGAGAAGCAGAUUUUGUAUUAUUUUGGAAACGUUUUACGGUGAUUUAUUUUUGUUUGAUGACUCGUUGCUUAAAUUUUGACCGGUUACCUAGUCUGUUUCUGGUUGUUACUCGACGGUAUUUAUUUUAAAAGUGCUUUUUACUACGAUAACCCGGAAGAGGUGCGUGUUGUUUCGGCUUUUUAUUAUUUUUUUUCUUUGUUUUAUUUAUUUUUAUUAAUAUUCUAACGAUUAUUUAUUCUAUGCGAGUAUAUAUUUUAAUCUACGUAUUUCUCCGUAUGUAUAUAUUAAUCGCUGUAAACAUUUCGCACAAUUUUACGAAUAUCUAAGUAAGCACUUAAGCACUAAUUAUUAUGAAUUUUUAACACUUUUUAUAUUUGGUAGCUAAGAUAUCGCGUAACUGCCCUACUAGAGAACUUAUGUCUUCGGCGUACGUAAGUCUGCGUAUAAUAUGUAUGCGGUGGAAAAAAUAGGAUAAAGGAGAAGCUUUUUCGUUGCACGUUGAAAAUUUUUUGCGAUUUAAAGGUAUCCUCGUUUAUUGAAGUGCGCCUUAGUGCUACUUUUUUAAUUUUUUUUUUACGAUACCUGCGUUAUUUUAGGUUGAUUUUCGUGUGCAGCGAGUAACUCCGUCCUUGAAAGGGAUUGGCGAAUAUAUACGUUUUAAGAGAGAAUGAUUAUAUUUUGGGUUUGAUUUUUUUUCUACACAGUAUUAUUCGGUUUUGUGAUUUCAUAACAAAUAGUAUUAAGGUGGAAGGAACGCCGAGCAUGGAUUCGUCUGUAUGCUUGAAGGAAUUUGAGGGCAUUGGUCUGUCAAAAUAAGGUGUUCAACGUUGAUUUUUUGUUGAAAUCGUGCUAUAGCUAUACACCACGAACGGUGAUCUAUUCGAUUCGAAGGUUUUCGUAAUGGUUCAUUUGAGAACUUUCGAAUUUUGUGUAAAGAUGGCAAGUAGUGUAGGUAUUCGAAGCAUUUCGGUGGAAGUGUCGACGAAUUCUCAAAUUUUGAUUUCAUUGUUCGGUAUUCUCAACUAUAAUUUUACGAAUAAAAACUUCGUAAUGUUC